AUCCACUUACCCCCCACCCCCCAAAACCUUCCCUUGGCAAAAGAAUACCAACGAUAGCAAUUAAAAAACAAGAAACAAAGCAGCAGAGUGAUGGCCUUGGUACACUUGAAUUAGCUUUAGCAGAAGAGAUAUGGAGGAGCCAUAGAACAUUAAGGAUGAAUUCAGGAAGACCCGAGACCAUGGAGAACUUGCCUGCUCUCUACACUAUUUUCCAAGGAGAGGUUGCUAUGGUGACAGACUAUGGAGCCUUUAUCAAAAUCCCAGGCUGUCGGAAGCAAGGUCUGGUCCAUCGAACUCACAUGUCAUCCUGUCGUGUGGAUAAGCCUUCUGAGAUAGUAGAUGUUGGAGACAAAGUAUGGGUGAAGCUUAUUGGCCGAGAGAUGAAAAAUGAUAGGAUAAAAGUAUCUCUCUCCAUGAAAGUUGUCAACCAAGGGACUGGGAAGGACCUUGACCCCAACAACGUUAUCAUUGAGCAAGAAGAGAGGCGGAGGCGGUCCUUCCAGGAUUACACGGGGCAGAAAAUCACCCUUGAGGCUGUCCUGAACACUACCUGCAAGAAGUGUGGCUGUAAAGGCCACUUUGCAAAGGAUUGUUUCAUGCAACCAGGUGGGACCAAAUACUCUCUGAUACCUGAUGAGGAUGAGGAGAAGGUAGAGGCAAAGGCAGCAGAUUUUGAUAAGCCUGACCCUACGAAGAAUUCUAGGAAAAGAAAGAAGGAAAAGAAGAAAAAGAAACAUAGAGACAGGAAGUCAUCUGACUCUGACAGCUCAGACUCUGAGAGUGAUACAGGCAAGAGGGCAAGGCACACAUCAAAGGACAGCAAGGCGGCAAAGAAGAAGAAGAAGAAGAAGAAGCACAAGAAGAAGCACAAGGAGUGAGAGUGCAGAGUGAGGGGGUGGCUGAGAGAAGAGGGACCCAGGAGCCUUGUGCCUUGCAGCCCUGGCUCCUAGAAAGACUCAGUAGUGAGAAUAUGGCCUCCCACCCCAUGACUCUCCCACUGGGAGACGGCUUCCUCUCAUGCUGCAGGGAGCCAGAUGUCAAAAGCAUCUGCCUGAAUGAGUUGUUGUUUCCUUGUCACUCCUGGUCCAUUUGCAAGUGACCCCUGCAGCUCACCCAUCCAUUCACCCAACUUCCUUCAUUCAGCAGGAGGUCCUUUUACCCUCUCCAGCUGUCACUGCCAGAGCCUGAUUCCUAUGGGAGUCCAGGCUAGAGCCAGUUACUGCUGUGGAAGGGAGUCUGGCUGUAGUUGAAGUGUGACUGGCCCCUCCCUGUUGGUUCACCCUGGGCUGAUUGGUGGGUGAUUUCUGCUGUAUCCAACACAGGGGCAUGGAGGGAGCCUGGCAGUCUGAGGGAGAACAUAAGAAGUGGUGCUCACUCUUUCCAUCCCCCUAACACGAUUCUGCUAUGCUAGAAGUGACAGCCAGUGUUCCGCAGCCAGAAACCAUUGUAGUGACUGAGCUUGUGUGUGACAUUCUGCCAGACCACCAAACCAGACAGCUCGAGCUAAGAUCAUUGCUUUACUUUGUGUUUAAUACUAGGAGUCAAUGGAUUCCACUUCAGGUUCCUCCUUAAAUGCCUGGCACUAAAUGGAAGUGUGUUUGGUUUUAAACUUAC